CGGCACGUACUCGAAGGAUUACGCAUACCAUUACCGAACUGCGAACUUCCUCUGUCACGAGGUAUUUUUAAAGCAGGCCUGGGGGAAUAUCGAGAACGAAAUCGCCGUCCUAUGGCUAUGCUCCAGCUUGGAGCAUAUCGUGGACCUGUACGAAGUGUACCAGGCGAACCCGGUUGUCCCUCCGGAACUCAUCAUGAGAUGUGUGCCCGGCGUUAGCCUGCAGGAGAUGCUCCGCCGUCAGCCAGUAAAUCAAUAUAUUACAGAACAAAACGUCAAAAGGGUCAUCCGCGAUAUUCUUCACGCACUCGGCAGUCUGCACCGUUUCGGCAUCGCACACCUCGACCUGAAGCCGAAAAAAGUGCUGCUGUUGGGCGGCCGUUUCGGAGAGGGUGUGAAGCUGUGCGGCUUUCGGCUUGCCCGACUGAUGUACGGAGAAGUCUUGGCAGUGUGCAACAUAACAAUCGACCGUGAGUACAAGGCACCGGAGCUGAUACGACUAGAAGCGGUGUCACUUGCAACGGACAUUUGGUCCGUCGGCGUGAUGGCCCACGUCAUGCUGACGGCUUCAAGAAACUCCGUCUUGCCCAAUCCCGGCAGAGGUCCGAUAGCUUUCAUCAACAUUCUGCGCCCUCAAAUGUCAGCGCAGGCGGUCGAUUUCAUCGAUCGAUGCAAAGGGCAGCAAAGCGAUCGACCGACGGUCGAACAGUGCCUGGCGCACCUUUGGCUGGCCGACGCCCCAGCCCAUGAAUAA